AAGCCGUAUAUUUUAAGAAGUAUAUAUCAUUCAUUGACCGGGGACAGUUCAACAUCACGAACGACUGCUGAGGAAGAGGUAGAUAAGCGUCUUCUUGAAAUACUUACAGCAGAAGAUCCUGAUAUAGUAGUUGAUCUCCGUGAACUAAAUACUAAUAAGAGUGAUCGUUUCGAAAUUUUUUGGCAGAAGUGUUCUGAAUACUUGUCUGAAUGUACGUCUGUACAAGAAAGAAGACAUGGCACCAUGGUUUUUAUGGCUAAGGCCAUAUCUAUUCGUGACCUAAUUGAACAGGUGUCUAAAUUGUGCCCUCCAAACACCCCUAUUCCUUCAAAUUCUUGGGUUCAACUAAAUUUUUGUCCACGGAAUCCUCGUUCUCAUUCAUCUAAAAAAUAUACGUCCCGAUUGAAUGCAAAGCAUAUGAUACAAAAGAGACAAUUUCGUAAAACUCAUCCAGACUCUCAUUUUUGUGCUGCAGUAUUUCGUUACAUGAGGGACUAUGCAAUUAAAUUUAGAGAUAUAUCAGUCUUUGCUUGCAUUGACGAUAAGCACUUCAUAAAAGUUGGUGAGCCUGGUUUUCCCAUAGCAGCUGCUGAAAGGGGACGAGAAGUUAUAGUGUCUAGUAAUGAAGUGUUUGUUGUUGGAGAUCAUGAUUUCACAAAGUUUAAAAUUAUACCAAGUGUUGUUCUGUUAGUGGAUAUACCAGAGACUAUUGAUGGCUCAUUUUAUUCAGGUCAGGUAUUUGUUGGCUUAAAAGAUGGAAUUUUUGAGGCUUCAUCACCAAUACGUCAUGCAACAGAACUCUAUAAAACUCUUAUGACCAGAAUGGAUGGGCGUCACAUUUUAUUUAUAUAUUCUGAUGGUGGUCCUGAUCAUCGUAUAACAUAUCUGAGUGUCCAAUUAUCUUUAAUUGCACUUUUCCUUAACCUUGAUUUGGAUGUCUUAAUAGCUGGACGAACUGCACCAUCUCACUCCUGGGCAAACCCUGUAGAAAGAAUUAUGGCCAUACUAAAUUUAGGUAUUCAGUGUCUUGGAAUAAUGAGAAGCCAAGGUGAAGAGGAGUUUGAGAAGAGUGUCAAAAGUUCUAAUAAUUUAAAACAAAUCCGGGAAAAUUGUUUGUCAUUCAAAGAAGAUGUUCAGAAGGCAUUACAGCCUCCGAUUGAAUUAUUAAAAUCUAUCAUACUAAGACUUGAAUUAAAAGAUAAAAAGUUCGAAGUAUUUGAAAGUGCAUCCCAAAAGGAGAUACAAGAUUUUUGGGAGGUGUUGCUUCUCAUUGAUUCUUCACUUACUCGUGACCACUCUAGUAAAGCCUCUAUUGAAAAUGUGGUGAGGCAAGCUGUUCCAUCUGUAAGCCUGUGAGGAUGUCAUGUGCUACUU